GUGACGCGGUGUUGGCGGAGGUGCGGGGCUCCGCGGCACUCCGGGCGGUGGAUGGCGGUGGGAUGGAGCCCGGGGGGAGCGGCGGCGGCGGGUCGGCCGGGCUCAUGCAGCAGAUCCUCAGCCUGAAGCUCGUGCCACGAGUGGGCAAUGGGACCCUGUGCCCCAACUCCACUUCGCUCUGCUCCUUCCCAGAGAUGUGGUAUGGUGUGUUCCUGUGGGCACUUGUGUCUUCUGUCUUCUUUCAUGUCCCUGCUGGAUUACUGGCCCUCUUCACCCUCAGACAUCACAAAUAUGGUAGGUUCAUGUCUGUAAGCAUCCUGUUGAUGGGCAUCGUGGGACCAAUUACUGCUGGAAUCUUGACAAGUGCAGCAAUUGCUGGGGUUUACCGAGCUGCAGGGAAGGAGAUGAUCCCCUUCGAAGCCCUCACCCUGGGCACUGGACAGACAUUCUGUGUAGUGGUGGUCUCUUUUUUACGGGUUUUAGCCACUCUAUAGCAUACGGCCUUUCCCUGUGAUGGCACAGCUGCCUUUUAUAGACUCCUUCAAAGGCAGAGACAGUGCCAUGGACUCUUCAUUCCUCAAGUGGAAGCAACUUGGAGGCGCCAGAAGGUAAAGAACACCGCAGCUGUUUCCUCGGUGUGAAGCUCCAGCCACUGAAGACCCCUGUGGACGGACUCCUCUCUUUCUCAGCCAAACCAAGCUCCUUGGCUUUCUCUUCUUGUGGCUGUUUAGGUUUUACAUGCACACCUUUACCUAAGCCAACAAUGCCUCAAGUUUGCAUCUUUCGAAGAGGAAUUUGCAUCAUUAUUUGCAAAUAUGCAAGAUUGCUGUUUCAUAGAAACAAUGGACAAUGCUGUUUAAUUUUAAGGGCAUAGGCUGCACCGUACUGAAAGCUUAUCAUCAUGACAGUAGGCCGAGUUUCCUGGGCUGAGUAUCGCUCUGGGAACGAACUGGCUGAGUGUAACAGGAAGAAGACCUGAAGUCCAGUUCAAAGUAAUGGCUUUGCUUCCACUGUCAAAAGUAGGUGACCACUGAGAAUGUGACAUUUUAUGGAUAACUAUUUUUGACCUCUGAUUAUUUAAUAUAUUUUAAGAGAUGUGAAUUUAUCAUUUGAUCAAAAUAAGCUAGCUAAUUGAGAUUUCUUAUUUUUUUUAAAGAUACAAGGUCUUGCUUUGUUACCCAGGCUGGCCCAAACUCCUGGGCUCAAGUGAUCCUCCUGAGUGAUGGGACAAUAGCAUCACUGUCACACCUAAUUGAAGCUCUUUUUCCAAAGAAUUUCCAUGAUGCCUUUACCUGUCACCUUUAAUGCUGUCCAUUUUAUUUACUUUCUCUGGAAAUAUGUUCUUAAGUGGCUUGAGUUGGACUUCAGAACCAGAUAGGUUAAGAUACUCUUUGGACAUUCAGGCAAAAUAAGACACUUAGAGGAUUCUGUUACAGUUUUCUUCCUGACUUUAGUUUAUUUGAUGACUCCAAAACUUGCAGCCGAAAUGAGUCAGGGCUAUUGGUUCCUUUAGUGUUUACCUAGCAGUGGUCCGUCGGCCACUUUUGCAGUAUUGGAGUAUCAACUCCCAGAAAGUGCCUAAAACUUCUCUUCAUAUACAUCCCAUCUGGUCUUUUUAUUUUUAUUCAAGAGAAUUUUUAUCCUUAAAGAGACAUAGUUUUAAACCUAAUUUUAGCUGUUUUAGUUUUUAACUCUACUGCCUAUCUUGUUUUUCAUUAAAAAGGCCUGUAAACUGUGACCUUCAGAAGGGAAGGGGUGGAUGUGUGCGCCUUCCAUCACUGUAACGGUUUUGUACAAAGUACAGUGCUCUUGUUGUCACCUGCUUUCAGAGUAGCUUCUGGUAGUUAGCUCUGACAUUUUUAAAGGCAAAUUUUCAUUGAGAGAGUAAGGCUAUCAUUCUAUGAGGACAUUAAUGUAUCUUAAAGCAAUAUGCUUUUAGCUUCUGGUUAAAAAUAGCCAGGAGGAGGCCAGCAAGAUGGUUCAGCAGGUCAAGGUACUUACCUCUAACUUCUCAGGACCCACAUAGUGGAAGGAGAGAACUGACUCCUGCAAGUUGUCCUCUGACCUCUAUAUGCUGUUCACACACACACAUAAAUUGAUACAUGUAAUUUAAAAGAAUUUUUUAAUAACUAAGAGGACGUCUGUGGGUACCUGCACUUAUGUACGCACACUCCCUGUCCCCCACAUGCACAGCAUUUUAAAAAUAAGAUAAAAUAGCCAAGAGGGUCAGUUUACCCAGGAAUGGCAAGGGGAAAGAUGCAGGGAUGGCUUAAAACUGUAGUGACAAGCCGGGCGGUGGUGGCGCACGCCUUUAAUCCCAGCGCUCGGGAGGCAGAGGCAGGCGGAUCUCUGUGAGUUCGAGACCAGCCUGGUCUACAAGAGCUAGUUCCAGGACAGGCUCCAAAACCACAGAGAAACCCUGUCUCGAAAAACCAAAAAAAAAAAAAAAAAAAAAAAAAACAAAACUGUAGUGACAAAUCAGCUUUGGCAGACAAUUAAAGUGCAGAUAAAUGGCUCUUAAUAUUCCCCAGAAAUAAGAGCAAAUUUUUCUUCCAACAAAAGGUUUUCAUUUUGGUCUCGGGCUGUGAAUUUGGAAAGCAUUCUUUUGGUUGGAGAAACUGGAGCAUGGUACCCUGCAUUCUGGGAAAUGACAGCAUCGUAUACGGAAGGACACCUUAGAGUCCUCACUAAACAUUCUUUGGGAUAUAAUUUCACACCCUAAGCACAUAGAUGAAUCAGUGCUGAGCUGUUCCCCCUAAAUAAUAACUUCUGAAUAUAUUGACCCAUGAUUAAAAUGUUAGGUUAUUUGUAUUUACAACCAAGACACAAAAGUUAGGGGGUUUUGAAGGGUGUUUUUGAUUCCAUCUGUUUCUUGUGUAUAUUUUAUCUGCUCUCUAAAAAGGAAAACCAAAAACUUGAGCUGUAAAAUGUAUCUUCAAAUUACAGAGUAUGUCCUUUAGCCCAGUGUGUAUGAAGCACUCUUUGUGAAUAAAUGCAUAUAAACUAUAGACUGAGCUUUGUGAAGGCUUGAAAUAUUUUCAGGAAGAAACCGUUUGGAUGAUAAACAAAGAAUGCUUUCCACUUUGAUCCCUUUUUGUCUUCUUCCUCUUGUCCCAAAUGCAGAUUUAUUUGCAUGGUUGUGUUAAACACAUCUCCUUCUACAGUUUCUUCAGGUCUUGUCUCCCGGUAAGGACUUUCUUGGACCCUGAUUCCUGCAUUUACUUUACACUUCUCACCUUCUCCUUUUCAGUUCUGAGAUAGUGAGGCAACCCCCAACCAAAAAGCUGAUCUUUUUGGGCUAAAAAUUAAGUUCAUGAACAAAAGUGUAUUGAUUGUUAUGUGAGCAAGAUGUACCUCUGAGCUGUUAACUUCCUUUGGCGCAGGAUGCUCCUCAGGAAAUGCCGGGACUAGAGAGAAGUAGUUCGUGCAGAUAAAGGCAUCCUUCCUGUGUCCUUUAGGUUUUUAAAUUGUAUGUUGGCUUUUGAUUCCAGUGCCCUUCUGACUGCCCUGGUUUUUGUCAAGUUCUUGUGACACCGCAGGACACGCUAACCUUCCCUAAGGAACCGACUGUUUCCUGGAAUGUGAAGCCCUGGUGCCAUUAGUGGCCCAUGUGCAGAAGGUUUUGUGACCUGUAUUUCUCUCUUGUACCCUAUGUAAGGCUGGUUAUGACCAAAAUAAGCUCAACUUUUUAUAUUAGGUGAUUGCACUUAACUGUUAUAGUCCAAGCGAUCAAAUCUUUGUACAUUAGAAACUUAUUUAAAUUUUAUUUUUCUACUGACAUUUCUAA